AUGGCAGGAGCCAUAGAACGUCUGGAGAAAGCUGCGGACGCACACGACGGAAAGAUAGCAGCGCUGGAUAGCUUCGUAAACGAGGUGCGUGAUUCGAUCGACAGUGCAAUGGCUAGACUCGAGAAGGCAGUCGAAAAGACUGUCGAGGCCACACACGAAACCAACAUCGAGACCCAUGCUACUAAUCCUGACUCUACCAACAUGAACCAAGCGAGAACGUAUUCAAACGCCCUCCAGAGUAGACUCCCCAAACCAGACUCGAGCACCCUAGCACGAAGCGAAGCUCAAGCGAGGCAAAUACUCGUAGACCGCAAAUCGCUCAGCGAAACCUCGGGUCUCAAGGACCUAUCUGAGGCAGAGCUAGUCCGGAAGGCAAACAAAGCGCUAGAGGACAUGAAAGCAGACAAAAAGGACGUCCCACAAGACGCCGCUUUCACAAGCGCCCGCAAACUGCGACACGGAGGAGUGAUCUUCGAAGUUGACUGUACUAACACGAAAGCCUGGCUCUCAUGCCAGAGCAAUAGCAAAUCUUUCAGCGAACACUUCGGAAGCAGCACAAUGAUCAAAGACAAGACCUUUCAAGUAAUAGCGGAAUACGUGCCAACAACUUUCAAUCCGGAA